AGACUGAACCAAUGCAGCUACACACCAAGGAACACCAAGGAUUGCUGGCCACCACCAGAAGCUGGGAAGAGACAAGGAAGGAUUCUACCCAGAGUCUCAGAAGUUACAUGGCCCUGCUGAACGUUGAUUUAGGACUCCAGCCUCCAGAACUGCGAGACAACUAUGCUCCUAGAAGCACAGGUGUUUCGAGGACUUGCUUCUACAGUUUCUCUCUCUGCAGAAUCAGGAAAGAGUGAAAAGGGACAGCCACCGAAUCCCAAGAGGCAGAGUCCACCAAAAAAUGUAGUGGAACCAAAGGAGAGGGGCAGGCUAGUAGCCACCCCAGCAGCAGCUGAAUUGUCUAACAACCUAUCUCCACCCCGUUCUUACCCGUCAGUUGUGAGUCAAGGCGGGAUGGUAGCUAGCCCUAACCCCGAUGACAACAGGCUGUUCACAGAUGAAGGGGUUCCCAAGUUUUUGUCAAGAAAGACUUUGGUAGAGUUUCCUCAGAAAGUUCCAUCUCCAUUCAGAAAACAGGGUUCCGAUCCAGAAGCUCUUCAGGAGAGCAGGAGAGGGACAGAUGACUCGUCUUCAUCCUCGUCCAGCUCCUCUGAUUCCGAGUCGGACGAGGAGGGUGACAGCUCAGAAGCUGAUCCUCAGCUGAUGAGCAAAGGCAAAGGAAGGUUUCCAAAACCGGAGGCCUCCCAUUCCUUUGAAAACAGAGCCCCCAAAACUGCGAUGUCAGUGAAAGAGAAGGCCUGGUCACAGCAGCCACAUCCAGACCUCGCCUCUCCAGAGAGGCCCCGUCAGGCAAAGAGGAAAGGGACCACCGUGAAGCCAUUAAAGGACAGAAAAGGCGCUGAACCAGCACCCACAGCAGCCAAGUCACAAGUAGAUGGAGAGUUUAUGAAGCAAAAUGGAAAGGAAAAACAAUUGCAGAAAGUAUUUAGAUCAAAUAAAAUAGAAAAAGAAAGCCAAAAGCCCUUUGAAGUUAAAAAAAUCUUAUCUGACCAUGCAAAAUCAGGAUUAUCUACACAACCGAAUGGCGGCCCAGUGCCCACUCAACUGACAGAAGAAACCGCAGCAGGAAGACAGCUGCAAGCAGCUCCGCCUGAGGCCAGAGAAGGAGGUUUGGAAAAACGAGUACCAGAACCUGAUGGGGAGGUGGCUUUUCCCCUGUUCAAAAAAGAUGUGGGGAAGCAGGUAAUAGGAAUAGCGAAGGCUAACAACGAGAUUUUGGAAGAUCAGGUACCGAUAAAACAUUUGAAGCCAGUUCCCGUUCAUCAUGAAGACGUUUUCAAUGAAAAGACAGCAGUACCGAAGCUUGAGGAGAAGGGCGAAAUCAUCGAAGACUCAGCAACCCAAACGAGAGACCAGGACGACGCACAGGAGCCCGCACAAGCCGCCGCGCCUGCCGAGCCGUUUGACAACACCACCUACAAGAAUCUCCAGCAUCAUGACUACACCACAUACACCUUCUUAGACCUCAACCUGGAACUCUCGAAGUUCAGGGUGCCUCAGCCCUCUUCAGGACGAGAGUCACCUCGACACUGAGAGCUCGGUUGAAAGAUGAAGCCUCCGUUGUCUUUGCUGCAUUCUUGCCUGCGAAAAUAAAGUCGCUCAACAGUGCUGGGGCCUGGCGU